AUGCGACCCCAACCCCCGCACCCCGUCCAUGUCCCAACCCUUGAAGGAAUGGCGAUAGCGCUGCUCUGGCCACCCCAGCUGCGACCCCGCCCCCUGGCCCAGAUCUCCAGUCCCUGCAGGCACUGCCAGAGCCCUCCUUGGCACCCCAGCUGCGACCCCGCCCCCUGGCCCAGAUCUCCAGUCCCUGCAGGCACUGCCAGAGCCCUCCUUGGCACCCCAGACGCGACCCAGCCCCUGGUCCAGAUCCUCAGCCUCUGUAGGCACUGCGAGAGCCCUCACUGGACACCCCAGACGCGACCCCGCACCCUGCCCAGGUCCCAGCCACUGCAGGCACUGCGAGAGCGCUCCUUGGGCACCCCAGAUGUGACCCGCCUCCGCCCAGAAUCCCAGCCCCUGCAGGCACUGCCAGAGCCUUCCCUGGCACCCGAGACGCGAUCUGCCCCCGUCCGUGUCCCACCUGCUUCAGGCACUGCGAGAGCCCUCCCUGGGCACGACAGACGCUUCCCCGCCCCCUGCCCAGAUCCCCAGCCCCUCCAGGCACUGCGGGAGCCCUCAUUGGGAACCCCAAAGGCGAACCGCCCCUGCUCAGAUCCCCAGCCCCUGCAGGUACUGCGGGAGCACUCCCUGAGCACCUCAGAUGCGACCCCGCCACCAUACAAAUGCCCAGCUCCUGCAGGCAGUGUGAGAGCCCUCAUGGGGCACCCCAGACACGACCCCGCCCCCUGCCCUGGUCCAAAGCCACUGCAGGCACUGCAAGAGUCCUCCCUUGGCACCGGAGAAGAGACCCACCCCUGCCAAUAUCCCCAGCCCCUGCAGGCACUACGAGAGCCUUUCCUGGGCACCCCAGACGUGACCCAGGCCCCUACCUGGGUACCCUAG